CUCGCGGGCAAGGUACCUAGGGCAUUUCGCCGUCGGCCUUUACGUUAUUACCUCCUACCGCGACAGCAACUGUCACCGCAACUGCAACUGCCAGCCAGAUCCUGCCCGCCCGUCCCGCCUGGUCAGACCCCCCCCAGGACGUCCAAAUCCAUCCACCAUCCCUCCCGUCUCGCUCUCACACCCUCAUCCCUCGGCCUCUCCCAUAUCCACCGCAUCUCCCGAGUCUUGCUCUCCUCCAUCGUCGACAUCUUUCUUUCCUUUCUCUCUUCAUCCCCCACCUAAUCCUUCCUCCGCCAGUUCAUCAGCAAGCUUGAUACAAUGGAGUCCAUAAGGUGAGCUCCCGGAUACCCCGCGCCCCGCCCCGCUAUUGCUAUCGCCCGUUGCUGCGAACCUCGCAGCUCGUCCUUCUUCGUUCGGCGUAUUUUCCGAUAUGCAUUCACCUACUUUGCCCUUUUGGGAGAGGCGCGGAGCUCCUCGGGGAAAUUUGCCGCAGUGUCCUCUUUGGCCUUGGUGCGCGAUGCUGACGAAACCCGCCCUGGCAGUUCCAUGGAGCUGAAGGACAACACGGUCAUCGUGGUCCUGGGAGCUUCGGGAGAUCUUGCAAAGAAGAAGACAUUCCCCGCCCUCUUCGGCCUCUACCGCAACCAAUUCCUGCCGAAGGAUGUCAAGAUUGUUGGAUAUGCGCGAACGAAGAUGGACCAUGAGGAGUACCUCAAACGGGUCAAGUCCUACAUCAAGACUCCUACCAAGGAUAUGGAGAAGCAGCUGGCAGAGUUCUGUGAGCACUGUAGCUACGUCUCUGGCCAAUACGACCAAGACGAGUCGUUCCUCAACCUCAACGCGCAUCUAGAGCAGCUAGAGGAUGGCCGGAGAGAAACGCACCGUCUCUUCUACAUGGCCCUGCCCCCUAGCGUCUUUACUAUUGUCUCCCAGCGCCUCAAGAAAUGCUGCUACCCACCCAAGGGCAUCGCGCGUGUUAUUGUCGAGAAACCGUUUGGCAAGGAUCUGGCUAGCUCGCGCGAGCUUCAGAAAUCGCUAGAACCCGACUGGAAGGAGGACGAGCUUUUCCGCAUCGACCACUACCUUGGAAAGGAGAUGGUGAAGAAUAUUCUUAUCCUCCGAUUCGGUAAUGAGUUCUUCGGCGCUACCUGGAAUCGACACCACAUAGAUAACGUCCAGAUUACCUUUAAAGAGCCGUUUGGUACCGAGGGUCGGGGCGGAUACUUCGACGAAUUCGGAAUUAUUCGAGACGUCAUGCAAAACCAUCUGCUCCAAGUCUUGACCCUGUUGGCUAUGGAGCGGCCGAUCUCCUUCUCGGCGGAAGAUAUUCGUGACGAGAAGGUGCGAGUUUUGCGAGGUAUCCCGGCUAUCGAGCCGAAGAACGUUAUCAUCGGCCAGUACGGCAAGUCCCUCGAUGGUAGCAAACCUUCCUACAAAGAGGAUGACACCGUCCCGAAGGACUCGCGCUGCCCGACAUUUUGCGCCCUAGUCGCAUACAUAAAAAAUGAGCGGUGGGAUGGCGUUCCUUUCAUUAUGAAGGCCGGCAAGGCCCUGAACGAGCAGAAGACGGAGAUUCGAAUCCAAUUUAAGGACGUUACUAGUGGUAUCUUCAAGGACAUUCCCCGGAACGAGCUUGUCAUGCGAAUCCAGCCGAACGAGAGCGUGUACAUCAAGAUGAACUCCAAGUUGCCCGGAUUGAGCAUGCAGACAGUCGUGACUGAACUCGACCUAACCUACCGGCGACGAUUCUCCGACCUGAAGAUUCCGGAGGCGUACGAAUCGCUGAUCCUAGAUGCGCUCAAGGGCGACCACUCCAACUUCGUUAGAGACGACGAGCUCGACGCCAGUUGGAGGAUCUUCACGCCCCUGCUGCACUACCUUGACGACAACAAGGAGAUCGUCCCGAUGGAGUACCCGUACGGUUCUCGAGGGCCUGCCGUCCUGGACGACUUCACGUCGUCGUAUGGGUACAAGUUCAGCGACGCCGCGGGCUACCAGUGGCCCAUGACGUCAGCGGCACCCCCCAACAAGUUGUAAGUAGAAGUCGACGCAGUGUUUCGGCUAUAGAUGUCAGGCAGCCUUUGCAGAUCUAUCGUCAUGGGUAACCACUGAUUCCGCGGGGCGUAGUUAAUUUUUUGAUGCUACAUCGACGGUCUCGGUCGCGUUAAAACUUCUUAGACUAAGUAUCGACGAAGGCCCCGGGAGGACGUCGGGCUACUUCUAUUAGGCAAAUGGAAUGGAAAACAUGAGACGCGUUGGUUUUUCCUUUGUCUCUUUCAUGCUCCUCGUUGCUGGCGGGACGAGGGUAAGGUGGUGCGUAGAUCUAUUGUCUCGAGUUCUGUGGUGCCGAGACGAUAGAAAAGCAAUAGGGAUUUUUGCUUAACCAAACCCGAUGGCGACGACAUAUUCCCGGCCUGAGGUGGUAGGGAGCUAUGCCUAUAUACCUGCCUAUACCUGCCUACCUUACAGAUACCGUGGUCCGUUAUGUAGUAGUAGUAGGUUGCGCCCGGAACACCUCGUCCGGCACUCCGUAUCUCCACACGCAUAGCUGUGCUUAUAUAGGUAGGUACCUACCUCGAUAUAGGUAACAUAUAUGGUGGUUGCCUGGAUUUGCG